AGGUAAGCCUUGCUAAUUAGCAUAUUUAUUGACUUGUUCACUUGGUUUUCACGCCAAACUUCUGAACACAGUAUUUUUUAUUUUAUGAUAUCGCCUUGGCCAGUGUAGCACUGAACCUGUUACUAUUGCUCUUUGGCCAGUUUCUUGCAAGUGGUGGCAGAAAAUGUGGUAACAGACAGACUUGACAGACACACUCACGAACCAAUGAAAAGCACUGAAGUGCAAACCCUCGGCGCACUGUGACGCGCACGCGUAAGUAAACGCAUGCGCCGUACCACUAAUUGAUGGGCUGGGUUUAGUUUUAGCUGUUACUCGUGGUCUCUUGCCAGCUCGCGCAGAGUCUGAUGCGGGCUAACUACACUACUAGAUAGCAUGCGAGAGGCGAUACACGCCCUGCGUUGCAUCUUCUGGUGCCUCCGAAGUACGCAGAGCACGCGGAUCGACCAGACCGCGGUAAGCCAUCCCGUCCGUUUCGUAUUUGCAUAUUGGCUUUUUCGCGCUCUAGCUUUGCAACGGAGCAGUUUCAGAGAAAACCCCACAAACUUUCUGACCUUCAUCGCCCGUUCGGCCACCAGACCGGAGGGAGCUGGAAAGGAGACAGAGAGAGCUGGAGUAUUUCGAACAGAGACGAAAAGAGAGAGAAAGAGUGGCAGAGUGUGGGGUUUCAGAGAUGUGGGCUUUGAGUCCAGAACGACCAGAAUUCGACUCUGAUGAUGAAGAGACUAUCAAACAGAGAGAACAGGCUGAGCUAAUGGCACAGCUGGCAAAGAGGGAGGAGAAGGAAAGAAAGCGUCGCAAGAGGAAGAAGAAACACAGGGAUAGUGGUGGCAGGAAGGGAAGAAAGAGUAAGAGGUCACGCAAGGUGUCUGAGAGUUCAACUGAGGAUUCCAGUGAGGAAAGUGAGGAGGAGGAAGGGGGGGAGGAGGGAGUGUGGGUGGAGAAGAAGGUACAGCAGGAUGCAGAUGGGGCAUUCGUGGGACCAACUCAAGAGAUUAGAGUCCAGGCUGUCACUUCCAUGAAGGACUAUGGCCAUGCUCUACUGCCGGGUGAGGGAGAAGCAAUGGCAGCCUACGUGGAGAGUGGGCAGAGGAUUCCCAGGAGAGGAGAGAUCGGGCUCACCUCUGGCGAGAUCAACACGUUUGAGGACGUUGGCUACGUCAUGAGUGGGAGUAGGCAUCGUCGUAUGGAGGCAGUGCGUAUCCGUAAGGAGAACCAGAUCUACAACGCAGACGACAGGAGAGCUCUGGCAAACUUCAACAGAGAAGAGAGGCUGAAGAAAGAGAACGAGAUAAUGUCCGCCUUCAGAACCAUGAUCCACAAGAAAAACAGCUCCAAGUGAAAAAAGACUCGAAAACAACUCUUUAACAACUAAUUGUCUGUUGCCAAAUAAAUAUACUAUGACCUCAAACCUACGCUGAUAUGCAGUUUUUGAAUUUGUCUGUUGCUUCGUAUCACAUCUUGUAUUGUACAUACAUAAUAUGAAGUCAUUGCCACAUAAUUAAUACUAAUUAGCAGUUAUUGUAUGUGAGACUACACAGAUAGCGCCACA